CUCUAUUUAUCCAUCCAAACACUUUCUUUCCGGGAGAGUCCAGGAAAAUAAUAACCUACUUAACCCCUCUCAUCAUAAUCACCAACUUAUACACACACAAAACUCUUUUUAGCUGAAGCCCUUUUGUCCACUAGAAAUGAACAACAAUUCUACCCAACAAAGCAAUGGCCAUGGCCACCAAAUUUCCAAGCCCAAAAAAAAAGGCAAAACCAAGAAGCAGGGGAUCAAAGUGGUUUACAUCUCCAACCCAAUGAAGGUGAGGACGAGUGCCUCAGAAUUCAGGGCUCUGGUUCAAGAGCUCACUGGCCAAGACUCUGAGCUCCCGGACCCAGCUAGGUUUUUGGAGCACUCAUCUGCAGAAGACAACAAUUCGACGGCCCAGAUUGGUGGACAUCAUCAUCAUCGCCAUCAUCAUCUUCUUCGUCAUCAUGAUGCAUUGGAUCUAGUGGUGGCUGAUGCUGCUUCUCCUCCUGCCCAAGAGCAGCCUGCUGAGAGUUCAAGCUCAAAUGUGAACACCCAAUAUCCUGAUGAUGAGCUUUAUGAUGAUCUUUUUGUGCCUGAAAUGAUGGAUAGCUUUGGGGGGUUUUUGCCCUCCAGUGUCUUGUAUGGAUCCUCUUAACUGCUCCUUUUGCUUAAUGUUGAUGUGUGUGCUUCAAAAUUAAGCCACCCAUAUGCAAUGUAAUUUGGUAAGUUUUUCUUUUUCUUUUUCUUUUUCUUUUUCUUUUAAUGGAUUUACUAAGCUUAUUUAUAACUCUUGUGCUGUUUGUUGAAUCUUAAUUCUGCUAAUUAAUUAUUUAAUUGUCUCUCA